UUUCCAGCUGAUGUGUUCAGGAAGUAGAAUGUGACUCAGCUGUUAGCUUAGCUGUUAGCACAGACAGACACAGCGGGCUAACAUGUUGUGGUUUCAGGGCUCCAUUCCAGACGCUAUUAGCUCAGCUAAACAGCGGGGCUCCGUGUUCGUGGUCGUUAUCACAGGAGACGACCAGCAGUCUUCUCAGCUGAUGUCCAGCUGGGAGGAUGACAUCGUAUCAGAAUCAGCAAACAGCUGCUGUGUGGCCAUCAGAGUGGACGCAAAGAGUGAUACCUGUGUGCAGUUUUCUCAGAUCUAUCCAGUGGUGUGCAUACCGUCAAGCUUCUUCAUCGGAGACAAUGGCAUUCCACUGGAGGUCAUCGCUGGCAGCGUGUCUGCUGAAGAGCUGAUCAACAGAAUUCACAGGGUGAAGCAGAUGCAUGCUCAGCAGAUUGGACCAGACACAAUGCCUCCUGCAGAGAACAGUCCCCAUGACAACAGGGCUUCACAUCCAGCUCCAGAACCAGCUCCAGAUUCAGAUCCAGGACCAUCAGGAGGCGUCACGUCAGCAGCAGAAACAACAAAAGUGAGUCCUGCUGAUCAAACCUCCUCUCAACAUCAGAGUGACGAGAACCUGGAAGCUAAAGUGGAGAGGUUGACGAAAAAACUGGAGGAGAGACGAGAGCAGAAGAAGGUGGGAGAAGACGAGAACGAGAUCAGGAAGGAGAUGGAAAGGAGGAAGACGGGCAAAGACGUGCAGGACUUUAAGAAGAAACAGGAAGACGAGAAGACGAAGAGACUCAUGGAGGAGAGGAACCGAGAGAAAGCCGAGGAGAGAGCAGCCCGAGAGCGAGUAAAACAGCAGAUUGCCAUGGACCGCGCUGACCGGGCAGCGCGUUACGCUAAAGUCCAGGAGGAGGAUCAAGCGGCUAAACUGGCGGCCCAGCAGGUGAGACAGGCGGAGCAGGAGGCCCGGAGGGAGGUGCUGCUCAGGGAGAGGAGCACCGUGGCGAGGAUACAGUUCCGGCUCCCUGACGGCUCUUCCUUCACGAACCAGUUCCCGUCACAGAGCAGACUGCAGGAGGCUCGAAACUUUGCUGUCCAGGAAGUGGGAAAUCGCUAUGGCAACUUCUCCUUGGCAACCAGUCUAGUAGACCUUCUAACACGGUGGCUCAGUCCUCUGGGGGCGGUAUCUGGGCGGUUCUGGGCACGCUCCUCUACCCUCUGCUGGCUGUGUGGAGAUUCCUCAGCUCCUUCCUGUUUACAGCCCCGCCCCCUCCUGGAACGUCAUCCAGAGACCCCGUCCAGCACCAGUCCAACUCCUACUCAAACUCCACAGCAACAUCGGACAAAACAAAGCGGGAAACUCUGUCCAAACACUCGGUGGAGAAGCGUCCCAGAGACUUCAAGAAAGACGGUAAAGUUUGCCGUCUGAGGACUCAGGAGGACAGCGAGGACGACAACAACACCUGGAACGGGAACUCCACCCAGCAGAUGUAGCGCCCCCCUCAGGCUUUGUGUUGUAAUAGUUCAGUCUGAUCCUUAUCUUCUCCUCCUGUGUUCAAGGCUCUGCUCCAUGCUUGUUCAUUAAAUCAAUAAUCAUU